AUGGGAGAUCAAAUCCGGAGGAGUAUUUUGCAAUAUGAAAGCAAAAUCGAGCAUGUAUUUGAUUGCAACAAUUUUAGUGAGGAAAGAAAGUUGAAACUUGCAGUGGCUGAAUUUUGUGAUUAUGCCAAUAUUUGGUGGACAUCUUUGAAAUCAGAAUCGAGGAGAAACUAUGAAGAACCAAUUGAAACUUGGGAGGAAUUAAAGGCCUUAAUGAGGAAGAGGUACAUUCCUAAGCAUUAUUCUCGAGAACUCAAGCAAAAACUCUAUGCGUUGCAACAAGGAUCCAAAAGUGUGGAAGACUAUUACAAAGAAAUGGAGGCCCUUAUGAAUAGAGCUGGAAUUGAUGAAGAUGCGGAGGAUACAAUGGCUACGUUCCUUGGCGGGUUGAAUCGACCGUUGGCUCAUCAAGUGGAUAGACAAACUUAUUUUGAUAUGAAAGAGUUGUUACACCUUGCUGUCAAAAUUGAAGGGCAAUUAGCAUGGGAGAAGGAGAACUCCAAGAGGUAUAUUUCUUCUAAGUCAACUUCUUUUUCUACUAAUACUUGGAAAAAGAAUGCAGAUUUCAAACCUAGAGGAAAGUAUGAGCUUGAUAAAAAAGACAAGCCUGAGAGCUCCAAGGGCAAGGAAAAAGUGGAGGGAUCUAAAGAGGUUCGAGAGAGAAACAUGGACAUCAAAUGUUGGAAAUGUCAAGGGAUUGGUCAUAUUAGCCGUGAUUGUCCAAACAAGAGAGUCAUGAUCAUUAAGAAUGGAGAAGUUGUUACGGAUGGUGAAGAAAGUGACCAAGAUGAGCUAAUUGAAGAAAAGCUCCAGGAGGAUGAGGAGGAAUUGGAAGAUGGGAGUCAUUUGGCACUUGUUACAAGGAGACUUCUUAACAUUCAAGUUAAGGGGGAUGAUGUUAAUGACCAAAGAGACAACCUAUUCCACACACGGUGUUUAGUUAAUGGGACUCCUUGUAGUCUUGUUAUCGACAGUGGAAGUUGCACCAAUGUAGUAAGUACAUUCUUGAUCAAAAGGCUGCAAAUUCCAACUCAACACCAUCCUAAACCUUACAAGCUUCAGUGGCUCAACGAUAGUGGAACAAUGAAGGUUGUUUCUCAAGCUUUAAUUUCUUUUACCUUAGGAAAGUAUACAGAUGAGAUUUUAUGUGAUGUAUUACCUAUGCAUGCUGGUGACAUCUUGCUUGGCCGACCUUGGCAAUUUGAUAGGAAGGAAUUUGAGGACGUGUUUCAAGAAGAUAUACCUAAAGGGUUACCUUCAAUUAGAGGUAUUGAACAUCAAAUAGACUUCAUACCGGGGGAUACCAUUCCAAAUAGGCCAGCUUAUAGAGCAAAUCCAACUGAGACAAAGGAAAUUCAAAGGCAAGUGGAGGAGCUCAUGGAGAAAGGCUAUGUUCGCGAAAGUUUGAGUCCAUGUUCUGUACCGAUCAUAUUGGUGCCAAAGAAGGAUGGAACUUGGCGCAUGUGUGUGGACUGCAGAGCCAUCAAUAAAAUCACUGUAAAGUAUCGUCAUCCUAUUCCUACGCUAGAUGAUAUGCUUGAUGAAUUCCAUGGUUCUUGUCUAUUUACAAAGAUUGAUUUGAAAUCUGGAUAUCAUCAAAUUAGGAUGCAUGCCGAUUUGGUGGAGCCUCGUGUGUCUGGGUCUUGGUUUACUUGGACAAAUAAGCAUUUGGGGGCUGGUCUUAUUCUCAAGCACCUUGAUCGUGUUUUGGUCAAUUCCGCUUGGUUUGGUUCCAUGCUUGUUUUUGAGGUUCAGGUUCGCGAGUGGGGUGUCUCUGAUCAUUGCCCUCUUGUAUUUCUGGUUGGUGUUGAGGUGCCUAGGUGUCGCCCGUCUUUUCGGUUCUUUGACUAUUGGGCUGAGGAUCCCCUAUUCUUGUCAGUUGUUCGGGACACGUGGAAGGUUCAUUCUCAGGUUUCUCCUCUUGUGAGUUUUGGUAUGAAUCUUCGUGCUUUGAACCCUGUGUUGCGUCGUUUCGGUCAUCAUAUUGGUACUAUUCAGAAGGGUGUGUAG